AUGGAUCCUUUUAAUUUUAUUGUUUUUUAUUAUGAUAGAUUAUAGGAGAUGAAUAUAUCAGAUUGCUAAAUUUAUAAUUGUAUAAAAAAUCAGAAUUUGAAAUUAGGAUAAUGUUUAAUAAUUCAUGGAAUUGAAUUUAAAGUGUUUUUUUUGCAGCCUUUAGAGGGUCAUAUUAAUCAAACUACUAAAAUUCUAUGUUACCCAAGUGAUUUAUAAAAGAAUAUUAGCUUACAAAAAGUUCAUUUUAUCAAUCUCUCUAAUGAAAAAACAGAGCUUAUAACUCAACUUCCUUUAAAAUUACAUAUUAGUAAAGAUUAAUAAGUAAUAAUCAAUGGAGUAUUGAUGUAAGCAAUUAAAUGUAGUCCAAGUGAAGGAAUUUUUACUUAAGAAACAGUAAUUAUAUUUGAGAUAUUAAAUAGUAAUGGAAGAUCAGUAAUUAUGAAGAAAAAUUAAUCGAGGAGAUAUAAUUAAUAGUUUAAAAUUAAACAGAUAUCAGCAAACAAGAGAUAUUUAAAAAACAUAUUUAACCUUAUUUUUUAGUACCUCGAUUUAUAAAAGAAGGAUCUAAAAUAAAGAUAUAAAAUUUAGAACUCAUUAUAAAAAAGAGUAGACCUAAAAUUGGAUUAAUUUCAUGUAAUACGUAGAUAUCUAUUAUUGAUAAUGAAUAAAUAUUAUUUAAGUCUAUGAAUGAAGAUGAUGAAUAAACAGGAUUGUGUGUGUAGAUUAACACACUUAAGAUUUUAUAGGUUAAUACUGCAUCUAGAAAUCAAUUUGUAUAAAAGAGAAAACAAUUAUAUGGAAUAAUGGAGAAUUAUGCUUAAUAUGAUGAUAAAGAAAAUUAAAUUAUCAUUUCAUAAAGAGAUUUAAAUAGUAGAGGUUAAUCUAUAAAUGAAUUUCCUAACUUUCCUAAUACAUUUCUUACUAAUUUACAUAGAGAAAAUGAAGAAAUAGAUAAUGAUCUUAUGGAUUUUGAUGAAUCUAAUUUUGGAGCUGGAUUACAUGAAUAAAAUAUGAAAUUAUCUGAAAUGACUCUACCAGUAUUAUUCAAAAAUAUCUUUUAAAAAAAGAAACAUGGAGCAAAUAGAUAAUCUCUAUUAAAAUAACCAGAAUAACCUAAAUGUGAUGAAUCUUUUCUUGAUUAAUCUUUUGGAUCUGAAGCUAAUGCAUAAUUAAUAAGUGAUGCAUCAUUUAUGAUAUAAGAAGAUUAGCCUCAUUUAGCAACUUUGCCUAGAUACUUUGAUGACAUAAUUUUAGUAUAUAUAUUAAUUAAUUAGUUUAAUUAAUAAAGAUGGUUACCUAUUAUGAAUGAUGGAAGUAAUCAAAAUUUUAUUUAAUAAUUCCCUGAAAGGAAAAUAGAUUUAAAUUGGAUAUAAAGUAAAGGACAAAAUAUUAAUGAAGACUUUUGUAAAUGUAUGAUAUGUUUAAUGGAAUAUACUGAUGAAGAAGUUGUUAAAACUCUACCAUGCUGUAAUUAAUUAUUUAAAUACUUUUAUAGUACAUUAUUUUCAUAAUGAAUGUAUUGAUUUCUGGCUAGCCAAAAGUAGUAAAUGUCCAGUUUGCAAAAAUAGAUGUGACGAAUAACUUAAGUUUUGA